CCCCAACCUUCCCUCCCCUUUUCCAUCUCCAAGACCUUCAGCAUAUAACUAGGGUUUCACUCCCAUAACCAUUUAAACUCUGCAAUCAAAAUUCAAAACCCCACAAUUUCUCCUGAUUUUACAUUUCAUCGUAAGCUCUCGAAAUGAACUAUAACACCACUUCAAAAUCAUCUGAUCAUUUUCAAUCCAUGUUAAAAGAAUCAGUCGAUCGAUUUUUAUACGAAUACCGCAAAGGCGUCACCGAUUUUUCUAAUUUUACCAUGAUUUUCUCUCGUUUACUUCAAAAUUUACCCGAUCCCUCACUCGAAUAUGUUUGGUUUUACUCUGCACUAACUUUCUACACCACCAAAUUUACAGCUAUGCCCUCUUCAAAACACGUUUUAGCUGCCAAAGACUUGUUUCAGUUGCUAGUUUCUUGUUCCAGUUCAUGUAAUGUAGUUAAAAGAGUUGCGAUUCUAGGUCCAGUUAUUUACGAGUUGUACCACUCAGUGACUGAUAAAAAAGAUUCGAAGAGAGAUGUUGAGAGUUUGUUAGAAGGAAUAGCUAGUUACAUUAGUAUUUGUUGUGGCACCGAGUCCGAGCAAGAUGAUAGAAUGGAGUGUUUGAACUUGAAUUCUUGUUUUCUGGAUUUGGUACAUGUGUGGGUUGUUGAUCGAGUUGGAGAGAAUUGUGAGUUUGGGGACUUGAAGGUCUUUUUACCAAUUGUGGGCAAUAAAGUUCGUGAUGGUGUUGGUGUGGGCUGUAGGGUUGGGUACUUGGCUGGGAUUGUGAUGUGUGAAGCCUUUUUGUUAAGGUUAUGCUUGAAGUUUGGAGUGACAACCUCGAGGGAUGAAUGGGAGAAAGACUUGCGUGAUUGUGCCCUACAAAUGAUAACUGGGUUUCGAAGUUUCUGCUUUUUUGAUAUCCUUCUCGGGAUGCUGCUGGAGCCAGUUCUGCCUGUCACCUCCCUGCUGGUUUCAGAAGAUGAAGUUCUUUUGCAUCAUGUUCUGUACGAUGUUGUUGUAACUGCAGAGUAUUCAUUCCUCAUUUCUCAAAGAGGGAUUCAGUUACCUUGCAGAAACCUUAAAAUUCUUGCUAUGAGAUGGUUGUUUGUUGUUGACAAUGCAUUACGGUCUGUGAGGGAAAAUGGUGACCAGGCCAAAGUCAUUUCUUAUAUAAACGCUUUCUCCGAGUCUUACCUGCUCUCUCAAUUGAUCAAGUGGGUUACUAAUCAAAUUGGCAUGGGGGAAAAAACCAGCAAACCAAAUCUUUCCACUCCUGUCAAUCUUAUCAAGUGGCUGCUAGUUGUUGAGGAGCAAGGGAUAGGAGUAUUUGAUUUUGACAUCACCAAGAUUUAUGCCAAAACCGUAAUUUUCAAGUCAACUGUAGAGUAUGAUCGCCCAGUAAUUAUGCCCAAUGACAAGAGUUUGUUUGGAAGUCUCUUCUUGAACACUGAUAAUGAGAGGAGAUGGCAAGAUAAAGAUGACAGUGACCUGGAGAUGGUAGAUUUUGUGGAUACUGAGUUCUUGGCUGAUCCUUGCAUGAUGAAAUCAACAACUGAUAGUACAAGGAAACGCAAAGAAGGGAGAAACAUUGAAGGUGAAAUACCAGUUAAGUUUGUCAAGUAUAAUUUUCAUGAUAAUUCUGUGAGUGAGAAGUUUUCUCCUUUGGGAAACGAAGAUGGGGUGAGUAGCGGAAGUGAAGUUGAUAAUCCAAUCUCGGACGAAGAUAUGGAAGACAUGAAGCAUUAAAGCUGACACAAUUUGUUGACUCUGGACAGGCAAACCAUUUUUCUGGAGACAUCAGAAUUCAGACAUACCUCCUUCUAUUAAUAAGGACUAGUUAUACUGUGGUGGAUCUCUACUAUCUACUGGUAAAGAACCGGGAAGGAAUUUUCAUCAGUGCAGCCUUACAGGUUACGGGUUAUGCUAUCCUCCUCUCUGGUACAAUCAGGAGAUAAAGACUUAAGAAAUCAAGUUGUGUGUGGAACAUGUUUACUUUGUAGCUCAAAUAGAUCUAACGAAAAGGACGACUAGCCCAUCUUCUUCCGGUUAUCAGACACGUAUAGUAUGAGUACCUGUACCUAGAUGAUUGUCAUCUCGGAUGUAUGAAAUGUUUAUGUUAUAGCU